CGCUCUGAAGUGGGAUGUUCCGAGAAUCACUCGAAAGCAGCAUUAGGUCUGAUUGGCGUGUGUGUCCACUGUCCAGGCGCAAACGUCACGAGUCCGAAAUCUUCCGUGGAGUAGUUUAUCCGUACAGAAGAGUGGAAGAAGUGACCUGUAUCUGGAUUACACUGUGCUGCAUUCACGGUGUCGUUAUGUGUGGAUGUUGUUAACAGACGCACAGGCCGGUUGGGGCACUCCGAGGAGCGAGCAGGUGCAUGUGGAUGGCGAUAAAACUCCAGGAAAACUCCGCUCUCUCCACACGGCUUCAACAUCGGCAGGUCGAUAAAAUACUUGAAGAAUUGGACUAAAACGACGUCUUAAUUUGGGGGGAAGCUGAAGAACACUUUCCAUGGCUUUCUCCUGUCGGGAAUAGCAUGUUAAGCCCAUGUUAAGCAGCGUCCUCGGUCGUGUCUCACGCAAACAUGGAGAAAAGUUAAAAGUGACCGUUUAAGCUAACCUACCUCAGCCGGGACGUCGACGUUCAUGUUUGUUGUAAACUUUUGCGUCGUUGUUUUGCCUUUUUUGGAGAGAAACAACACGGUGGAUACAUGGUGAGACUUUAGCACAGAUUUCAGGAUAUCACUGGAGCUGAAGAGGCAAUGGAGAAGAAGAAGAAGCCGACCGAUGUGUCACGUUCCCCGGACGGUAGAGCCAAGGACAGAGUGGACAGUGUGGAUCCGUAUGGCUUUGAGCGCUCAAAGGACUUUGAUUAUGAUUCAUACGAGGAGCUCAUGUCUGAGUAUCUAGUUGUGCUCACCCGAAGAUCCAUCAAGUGGUCCAAACUAGUGAAGGGCAGAGGCAAGGUGCAGAAGAAUGUCAAACUAAAGCGUUAUGUACGGAAGGGGAUUCCCAAUGAGCACCGGGCUUUGAUCUGGAUGGCAGUCAGCGGGGCUCAAGACCAGCUAGAGAAGAACCCUGCAUAUUACCAGUCACUGCUCGGAGCCCAGCAUGACCCCAAACUGGUGGAGACCAUCUGCACAGACUUGAACAGAACAUUUCCAGACAACGUCCAGUUCCGCAAGACCUCCAACCCAUGUCUGCAGAAAGCCCUGUACAAUGUGCUGCUGGCUUACGGCCACCACAACUCAGCUGUGGGCUACUGUCAGGGGAUGAACUUCAUAGCUGGGUAUAUGCUUAUCAUCACAAAAGAUGAAGAGAAGUCCUUCUGGCUGAUGGAUGCACUUCUCGGUAGAAUUUUACCAGACUACUACACUCCAGCCAUGCUGGGGCUGAAGACGGACCAGGAGGUGUUAGGUGAACUGGUGAAAGUUAAAAUCCCCGGAGUGUGGCAGACCAUGAUGGAUCAUAAUGUCACGUGGACCCUGGUGGUCUCCCGAUGGUUCAUCUGCCUCUACAUAGACGUCCUGCCAGUAGAGACAGUCCUGCGGAUUUGGGAUUGCCUGUUCUACGAGGGCUCCAAAAUCCUGUUCCGUGUGGCUCUGACACUGAUACACCACAACCAGGCUCUGAUUCAACAGGCCCAGUCACUGCCGGACAUCUGCCAGAACUUUAAGCAGAUCACCCAUGGGCCGUUUGUUGAUGAUUGCCAUACUUUCAUGCAGAAAAUCUUCACUGAACCAGGAAGUCUCUCCAUGGCAACCUUGACUAAGCUGCGGGCGACGUGCCGCUCUCGCGUCAUUGCUGAAGAAUCCUGAACCAAACUCGACUACCUGCUGCUCAAACUCAAUACACAUUCCACUGGGAUGAGCACCCAACAGCUCGUUUGCACCUUUUUUUUUUAACUUACUGAUUUAAUGUCACAGUGAAACCACAUACUGCUGUAUUUUGUCUUAAACAUAUCUUCAGACGAUUGUGCAGCCCAGGUGUAAAUACAUGGUUAAAUGAGAAUAUUCUUAGCAAUGUGCUGUAUGAGCUAACGAUUUUCUUUUGAAGCUAACGUAGUUUAUUUUGGUGAAUUAUGCACUUUACUCCAGAAAGUCAGAGACGCUGUAGAGAAAAAGCUUGGCAGCAUAUGGUCAGAUAGAGAAUCUGUCAAACACUGUGAGCUCAGCCAAGAGGCCUACUGUAUUUCACAUUGAAUGUUAAAUGAAGACUCCAUGCUGGCACUACCUGCUGUGCUAAUCGAAUGUAUAUCACACUGAUGUCAUGACACAAUUUUUUUCCCAAACAUUUCAAAUCUUGUUGGUUGUGCGAUGAAACAAGUGGAAUUGAAAGGGCUGUUCUCUUUUUCUAAACAAGGCGUGUCCAGUUUGUUCUGUUCGGGCUUCGUGGCCCUUUAAACUGUGAUAGUACUUACAUCAGAUUUUGUUGCACUGGACAAAAAUAACCUUGGCGGCGAUCCCAGCUUCUGAGUAUUCUCUGUAAUGUACACCUGGUUACACAGUUAAGAGUGAACAGCCGUGUUUAUUUCACACAAAACAAGAUAAAUUAUGAAGGAGCUGUUGCAUGAAAUACACUGGACUUUUAAUAUUUUUAUUAACUUUCAGUAAGAGGCAUAAUAGAAAACGAAAUCAAACCAUUUUCUAUAAAAAUAAAAGAUCAAAUCACUACAAUUCAUAUUAACAUUUCUUUAAGGAGAGAGUGGGGGAAAGCAGGAGAAUGGGAGAUGAAUCCAUGCACCUGUUCACUUAUAAUGUUAAACACAUUUUAGUAAUGCAGAGUUGCACUCUGUGUAUGGCCAGACCACUACACACUGAUUACACAAAGCAGCUCUCCACCUUUUCAUCAUCACAAUUACCGGAUUGUGUUUAAUUAGCUGAAUUAAGCUGUGCCUCAGUGCACUGUAGAGACAAAGUCCUUCCCCUCGCCACUUUACCCAUGGGACCUUAUUUCAGAUAUUACAGUAGUCCAUGCUAAAAGACGAACAAUUAUUUGAUCCUGUUCAAACUGUGCCAUUAAUUUAUACUUAUGAUGUUUGUUAAUUUAAAAGAUAAUUUUGCAAGUCAAGGAAGUGGCACUUUGUCGUAGGUAAACUACAGCUUUCAUCUCGCACAAUUCAGGAUGCUAACACCAGCUAGCUAGCUAGGUACUUUAGCCAGGUUCUACGCAAAAAUUAGGUUUAUCUUUAUGAUUUGUUUUAUCUAGCUACUCCUGGUGUUUUUAUCAGCGGGAAGCAAAAGAACGAGCAAGAACUGCUACUUGUGCGAGUACGACCCUGUACAAAACACAGGCAUCGUAGCCUCAGAGAAAGAAAGCCAUGACAUAUGCGACUCCUGUAGUCUCUUUCAAUAGUUUUUCAACAAACUGUACCUUUCUUGACUCGCAAAAUGUUCUCUUAAAUUAAAUCCUGGCACAAUUCAAACAAGAUCAGAAAAUUAUUUCUCUCACCGUUAACUACCGUACAUUUUCUGUUUCCAAUUUAAGGUCCUAUAAUCGUCCACUAGAAGGGGCGGGACUUUACCUCUCUAUUGGGACAGUCUGCACUGUGGAGGAAAACAUUUGUAAAACACUCAGAGCUUUCCCUUUUUAGCUCAUGUAGUUAAAAAAAUGCUAGUGAGCAUGUGUAGGUGUAAAAAUAAAACUCCACCUAACCUGAAAGGUUUUACUUGCACACACAAGCCAUUAAAAAAACAA